CGGUGUGGGUUCGAGGCGGGCGGCCGGCCGGGGGCGAAGGCGGCAGUUGGGCCUUAGGGCGAAGGCUACGCGUUGCCGCUGUUCAGGGCCUACCUUUGGAGGGGUGAUUUUUUUUUUUUGAAGCGGGGUUCCUGGGCGCAUUUUUCGGGGGGGGGGGGAGGGGCCGGGGGGAGGGGGGCGGUUAGCUGUGCUCUGAGGAGGGCCCAGAUUGGCUCAGACGGGGGCAAGGUGGGCCGAAGGAUCUGAGAAACGGGUCGAGAAAGUUUGCGCCCCCCCAAAAAGUGGGGAGAGGGAAUAGGUUAGGAUUGGCGGGUUUUGGGGGAAAACUUCUUAGAAGCUAAGCUGCUAGCAGAGGUUGUGGGGGGGGGGACUCACAUUGGGGUGGGCUGUGCAGAAGAACGGUCUUUAGUGGGAGGAAAGCAGCCUUUUAUUUCGAGGCAACAGGGUUGUGUUGUCGGAAAGGAAGGUAGUUCCGUUACAAUUGUGGGGAAGUGUCGAAUUUUGUGCUGGAUUCCCAAGGAUCGUGGCAGUGCUGAGUAACGGGGUUGGGGGAGAGUGUAGUAACACAGAGAAAUAAUUGAGAGGAAAAAUUAGAUAGGAGGCACCUUUAAUGAAAGUCUGUAUAAGCUCUUCUACUUGAGGAUUAGUUUAGGGUGUCUAAGUGACACAACAGAGUUAAAAGUGUUGGUAUAAGGACUAGAGAUUGUGAUUGCAUACUCCUAAGCUGUGGUAGCAGUGCAGAAUUUAAGGAGUACUGCAGGGGAGCUGGAAGCUUUCAUUAGAAAAAUCUAAAUCUGCAUUUAGCUGUUUUUUUGUACUGUUUUGUGGGGGAGUUUUAGUCUUGAAACUUUCAGAAGGAGGCCAGUAAUUUGUUUCCCAGAAAGAAAGUCCCUGGGAAGCCUGUGUUUUCCUAGAAAAAGGGUUGGAGCAGGACCGUGGUCCCUGGUGUUACAGAGCACCAUUUGCAUCCUUGAGAUUCUGCUGCUUGUUCUGCUGACCCCAUCCCAAAACAGCCAGAGGCCAUGCAGAAAGAGGAACUGGGCAUGGAUGAGAAUCGCAACCCAGAAGAGGAGCUGCGUCUCUUGGGGGGGAAGAAGGAGAAAUGCCACAACCUCAGCAACCGCAUCCGAGCAGGGUCGUGGGAGUCAAAUGGGUAUCCUGCACCUGCUGAAAUAGCUGAAGAGCCCAGUGUUCCCUUGAGCCCUUCCAACAGCCUUAAUAUCCGCAAUCUUCAACUGUCUGAGCGGGACCCUCCAGUUCCUCACCACCCUCGCCGCUAUCCUCAUCACUUCUAUCAUGGCCGGCCCUUCCAUGCGUCCUACCGGAAGACCUAUCGCGGCAGUCCCUCAGACCGCAAGGAGUGGGGGCCCAGCACCAACGGCCAUCACUGUGCACCUGAGGGCAUUGCCAACGGGCGAUGGCAACACCGGCGCCGUGGCUAUUCCGAUCCACCCUCCCCGUCGUCGUCUCCCGAAUCGGAACGCGAUAGUGCCGUCAAAGCCAGCGAGAAGCCUGCGGUUACAUCGAACCCCACCACUGCAGCCACUGAGGAUUCUGGGAAGGAAACCUGGUCACUCUUCCGGCCCCUUCCUGCUUUUCCGGUUGAUAGCAGCAGUGCCCGGAUCAUCCCCAAGAUCUCUUAUGCCAGCAAGCUGAAGGAGAACUUGGAUCAGCCAGGGAAAGCCUGCCACGUUCCCGCCUCAGCUGUCCGCACCACUAAUAGCCUCCCCAAUUGUGUCUUGGCGCCACCCCCAAGCAGUCCCCCACCAACUGACAGCAGUCGGCGACAGCACCUGGGAGCCAUCUUUCAGAAUGAGUGGGGCCUCUCCUUUAUCAAUGAGCCAGGAGCUGGGCAUGGAGGGGGUGGUGGGACGGCACCAGAUAAGGAUGUAGAAGAUGCAGACACUGGAGCAUGCUGGGAGAAAAUGGAAGCCAGUGAUUGGCAAGCUGCAAGAAAUUACCACUUUGAAGAAUGGAGUCAUAUAUUGGAGCUACAUGGUCAAGCUCCUAGCAGAGUGAAGUUUUAUACGGAUACCUCGGAUGGAAAGGGUUAACUUCAGGAAUAUCCAGGGGAAGCACCGCUAAGAUAUGGGGGGCACAUGGGGAGUGGCAAGGCUCCCACCCCACCCCACCCCCUUGAAGACUGGAGAAGCCCAGGCAUCUUGAAAGGGGAAGCUACGCUAUCUGCCUACCUCCUUUCCUUUGCUGUUAUAGCCCAAAUUGUCCUGGGUGAGACUGUUGUCUCAUCUCCUCCCCCCUUUCUCUCUGUUUUAAUGCUCUGGUUUUUAAUUUCUUCACAUGGUUUUUAAUUUCUCUGGAUUCCCCUGAAAAAUAAAGGCAAAAAAAGAAUUUAUUUAAAUUCAA